GAAUUUUCUUUCUUCUUUUUAGAUUUAAAAAUGGGGUUUCCUGGCGUGUGGAAGAUUUUAUACUACAUUUUACGUGUAUUACACAUGACUGUCAACAAUUUUAUGGCAAUACCUGCCUAUGUUACUUGGUACAUUCUGUUAACACCCUUGCGUCAUUUCUACCCACCCUUAUACUGGCAGAUUGAGAGAAUUCUUUUCAAGGCUCUUCUAAGCUUUGUUGUAAUGUGGACCAAUUCUGGUGGAUAUAAAAUUAUAGAAUCUGGAGAUGAUUUGAGUAGUUUACAUGAGAAGCAUGUGUUAUUGUUGGUGAAUCAUCAAUCAACGGCUGAUAUACCGUGUGUCAUGUCCGCCUUAUUACCAAAGUCUCUAGUCAUUGGACAGGUCAUGUGGUUGAUGGACUACAUCUUUAAAUAUACCAACUUUGGAUGGGCUGCAAAUCUCCAUGGUGACUUCUUCAUACAGCAGGGCAAAGAAUAUAGGGAUCAACAAUUAGUUCGACUCAGGGAGCAUUUAUUAAACAAUUACCUCAGUCAAGACAAGAGAUGGCUUGUUUUAUUUCCAGAGGGAGGAUUCCUUUACAAAAGAAGAGAGCGCGGACAAAUAUUUGCUAAGAAGAAUAAUUUGCCUAUAUUAUCACAUUGUACCUUGCCUAGACUUGGAGCUUUUAGUACUAUUAUAGAUACAAUAGGAAAUGUAAACCGGAAUGGAUCAAAAGAAUGUCAAGAGCCAAAAAAUAACAACACUGCUAUAGAAUGGGUGGUUGAUAUGACCUUGGCCUACCCAGAUUCCGAACCUAUUGACAUGCAUGGUAUUUGUAUAGGCUGGUGGGAACCGAGAAACAUGCGUGUGCAUUACCGAGCAUAUCCAUUGUCUGAAGUUCCAACAGACCUUGAAGGUAGGGCCAAAUGGCUUUAUGACAGAUAUGAGGAAAAAGAGAAACUUUUGGAACAUUUUUAUAAGCAUGGAAGUGGACUGGAAGUGAUGGAUAAACAAGAGCGAGAUUUCCCGAGGGUAGUUCCUCAUGAAGUGCCUUUUGAUAAAGUCUGGUUUAUGAUAUCCUACGCAUUUUACGCUGUUUCUGCGUACAUAUUUUGGUCUAACAUUUAUAUACCUGUAUGGAAUUUAUUUUGGUAUUUAUCCAGCUUUAUUUUCUAAUUUUCCACCAGAAAUUAUAAUAUUUGUGUAAAUUUGCUAUAUUCAGUAGAUAUUCUUUGACAGCUCCUUAAUUUGAUUUUGUUCCUAAUGAGUUCAGCUAUAUCUGUUACUGUUCAAUCAGUUUUGCUUAUACAUGACUAUAUGUUAUUUAUAGACAGUUUUUAUUAACAAUGACAAGGUAAAAUAUAUCGGAUCUGUCUGUCUUGAACUCUGGCUAGAUUACACACACUAGUGAAAUUUGAAAAAACUUUUAUUGUGUUAGCAUGUAAGAUUAAAACUGUUGAAUUUAGAGCUUAAAGAAUGUGAAACUUGUUUUUAGUUUCAUGUUAUGAUCCCGAAUACUAUAUAGAACUUUACAGCUUUAUUUUAUUAUCUUUCUAAAAGGAGGAAACACCAACACAUUUUCUUUGCAAAUGAAUCCUAAAUAUGAGUGAAACCAGAGAUUUUAUAUCAAAAUGUAUCUCACAAGAUUAACUACUGGAGCUCAGCCAUUUUGACAGUUUUCCACUCCUGUGAGCUGUGUUACCCACACUGUUUCAUUUCAUUGACUUUUCAGUUUGAUCAAAUGUUUCAUUAAAUGAUCACUAGAAAUUUGAGUAUUGUUAAAAUAGACCAUAGUACACAGUUUCUAGUACAUUGUAUAUAAAAUCUCAGGUUUAAAUGUAUAGGAACAGGUUAUACCUCUUUAAGUUAGUCCCAGGUAUAAAGAAAAUAUUAAUUAACGAGACAAAAAUAAAUGAAAGAAACUUGUGUUAAAAAAUGGUAUGUCUUAUUUCCUUAAAACUUUUUUGAAUUAGUUCUAGUAUAUUUUGAUAAUGUCCUUGUAGGAAAACUUGUUGUUGUUGUUGAUAUUGUUUUAUUAUUUUGUCUUAUGUCAACAUUUUUCUUUGAAACUAAUUGAACUAUAUUAUGUUCAAACAUUUGAUGGGAGGUAACUCCUUUUUGUGCUCUUCUUUUUAUUUAAUUUAUUGCAUACUUACAUGUUAUACUGUAAUGUAUAUUGGCUAACUAAUAUAUUAAAGGCACAUUUUGCCUCAGAAAUGAAUAAAUUUGGCCUUCUUUAGAAAGGGCAGACAUGAGUUUUAUAAUGUUUAAAAAAUGGGUUGAGAGCAUGUGAGUUUGUCAUGUGAAAAAAGUAGUGCUCAAUGUGAAAUUAUAUGUCAUAAAUGU